AUGUUCAUUCACACAUUCACACAUAGCCCGCCCCGACCCGACCCGACAAGAUAUGCGCGACGGACUAAGGAGAAGCAGAAGGAGAAGGAGGAGAAGGAGAAGGAGAAGGAGAAGGAGAAGGAGAAGGAGAAGGAGAAGGAGAAGGAGAAGGAGAAGGAGAAGGAGAAGGAGAAGGAGAAGGAGAAGGAAGAGGGGAAUCAAGAUUUUUGA